AUGGAGGAAUACAUGAAGGAGUGUAUGAGGAAGUUGGCGAUGUGGUACACGAGAACCUUCAAGCCCAUCAUGACCCACGACGAGCUGGAGCCCAUCAUGGCCACCUUGGGCUUCGUGGGCCUUCCACCGACGACGACGGCGGCCCACGGCGGCCCCUGGAAGGAGUACGUGUUCUCAGCCGGCCAGUGGCGGGCCAACUCAUCAUCGGGCUCCUCGGUGGCGGAGGCACAGCCCAGGCCCAGGUUGCCGUACCCCAGGAUUGAUGGGCUCCACAUCUAUACAUAUCGGGCUUUCAUCGACGCCGUCAACUUCUACCUCGAGAUGUGCGACUUCUCCGAUCUCUUUCAUAUUAGGGGCAUGCCACUCCAUCGAGCUCAUGACAGGAACAGGAAAUGGCGUCGCAUGGAAGAAGACGACAGCGUGUUUGUUUACAGAGAAGGAACCUUGGAUCAAUCAACGUAUAAUUUCUAUCACUUUGAUAAGAACAACAACAAAAGUGGAGGCAGUAGCAGAGUCAAGUCCAUCGGCAUUCGUAACAAAGGAAACAGCACUCCUACUAGCUGCGUUGUUCCUUUGAAAGAUUUAGUUCCAUCACCAGUUAAGUUGGAGAAAGUAUGA